AUGACGUUUAAAUACGAUAUAGUAACCUUACUGGAACUUUUUGAAACAAGACCAUUCCUAUGGGAUAAAUCAUCGGACGCGUUUAUAGAUAAAGUUGUUAAACAAAGGGCAUGGAACGAGAUCUUCCGCUUCUUGGAAGAACGUUAUGAUGAAUUAACUACUGAUGAAAAGAAACAAGUUGGUAGGGAGAGUGAAAUUGAGGACUUCAUUAUCAGUGUCGGUAUGAACAGCGACAGCGAAGAUGAAAGUGACGACUAUGAAGACCAGGACUGUGAAAGUGACCAGUCCAUGGAGGAUUAUAAUCAAUUGAUGGAGGGAAUUGAACCAAUUAUGAGUUCAGAUGACCAGGAUACUGCUGGACCAAGCGGUUUAUAA